CCCCCCUCUGCCACAAAGGAGCAUCAAAGCCUGGACCUUCGUACGACAACUCUUCCAGCUCAUCGAGAACGAAAAGGAGCGAGAAGGGAGACUCAGUCGAUCGGCCUCUCCCUUCGGCCCCCUUCCCUCCCUCCGCCCUCGUCUGCAACGGAAGCCUUAAGGUGGUUUGCUCAGCGCAGUGCUAUCGUCCUGGAAGGCCGUGUGGCGCCCCUCCAUUGGACUACCUCUGCCGCGUUGAGGUAGUCGGUUUGUCUGUCCAUGGGCUGUGGCUCAUCGGUGCCCACUGCCGUGACUGUUGAAGACACUGACAACGUUCCAGGACCGCCUGCUCUCAGGCCCUCAGGCCCCACACAACCAGACGCCACACCGAAGCCUUCACAGCAGCCUGACGCCACUCCCAAGCCGUCCGAGCAGCCGCAGGUGUCCAACGACGUUCCCAUUGUAGGAGCCUCUGCGCCAGAAGAGCCCCCCGCCGCAGAAGAACCCGCAGAGGAAGCCCCACAAGCCGAGGAGACCGCCCCGCCGGCAGAAGAGGAAGAGCGACCACAGGCAGCUGAAGAAGAAGCCCUGCCUGCUCCCGAGGAAGUACCUCCACCCGUCAAGCAAGAGGAAGAGGAAACGGCCCCCGUGCAGCCCAGCCCCGCUCCUGCUCCUGCGCCGCGACUCAUCAUGGGCAACAUCCCGAGUGAUUUGAUCAUCAAGUACAUCGACCACGAGAAGUAUGGCGAGAAGAUGCGCAAGCUUCUCGCUGCCAAGGAGUUGUACCGCGACAACCGCAUGGCCAAGCACUUCGACCUGCAGUACUUCGAAAGUUUGGAUGAGGACAUGCAGAGGGGCUUGUUGCAUCUGUGCAACAGCGGCAUCGAGAACCCCGACUCAUCCAUGGGCUGCUACGCCAUGCAGGUACGGGACCACACCACACCACACAGAGAGGGACGGGGGCCAUGUCUGUAUGGGUCUCAAUCCAUGUGUGUCGUUGUGUGUGUAGCCUGCGGAUUACGAUCGGUAUAAGCCAUUCUUCAGCAAGGUGAUUUGCGACUACCACAAGGUGGACGCGUCGGCCACUCAGACCAACGAGUGGUCGUUGGAGGGCGUUGAGGGCAUCCCUGAUGGCGGCAAGCUCGACCUGUCGCUGCUGGGGCUGCCGGCGCUGUCGAUGCGGGUGCGUGUGGGCCGCAACCUUGCCGACUUCCCUCUGCCGGGCGCCAUGACCAAGGAGGACCGGCUCAACAUGGAGACCAAGAUGUGCGAGGCGUUCGCCAAACUCAUCGGCAUGCCCGAGUACGGCGGACGGUAUAACUCCCUGACCCCAGGACACAAAGACAACAUCACGUGAGCAGCACACAGAGGGGAGGGAGGAGGGGCGAUGCUCACCUGUCUGUGUGUGUGUGCCAUCCAUGUGUUUAGUGACGAAGAGUACAAGCAGUUGGUUGCUGACCACAUCAUGUUCAAGGACAUGGCCAACGAUCCCUACCUGGCCAGCGCCGGCAUCGCCAGCGACUGGCCCUUCGGCCGCGGCGGCUACGUCAGCGAAGACAGAGGUUUCAUCAUCUGGGUCAGCCGGCCAAACCCAACCACACACCCAGCCACACAGCCACGUGUGCUGCCCAUGUGGUUUGUGCGUCAGGUUGGUGAGGAGGAUCACCUGCGCAUCAUGUGCAUGAAGAAGGGCACCGUCCUCAACGAAGUGUUCGACCGCCUCAAGGCCGCCCUGGACGUCGUCGAGAGCAUCGAGGGCCUCCAGUUCGCCAAGUCGCCCGACUACGGCUACGUCACCAGCUGCCCAACCAACCUCGGCACAGGAAUGAGGGCGUCAGUCCACAUACAGAUUCCCAAUCUGACGCGUGACGGCACCGAAGCGAAGGCGAAAAGCGUUUGCAAGCCGCUGGGCCUCUCUGUGCGCGGCAUGGGUGGCGAGCACACUGCAAGUGAGCUGCCCACACACACACACUCCUCUGCGGCAUGUCUGAUCGGUCAUGACCUGCCUUUUGUGUGUUUCAGUCGGUGCUGACGGUACGGUUGACAUUUCCCCAUCAGGGCGUUUCCACAUCAAGGAGGCCGAGAUCAUCGUUGCGCUAUACAAGGGCAUCAAGCUGCUGAAAGAGGUGAGGACAGACCUGCCUCUGUCUCCGAGGACUCAACGAGCCGUGUCAUGAUGGUAUUUCUCGCUCUCUCUCUCUCUGUGUGUGAUAGGAGGAGGACAAGGCGGCAAAGGAGAGCCCCGCCGCGGCCCCCGCUGCCAAGGCGGGAGACGACGACACCAAGCUGGUCCUCAAGUACUACGGCCACCCAACAUACGGUGACAAGAUCAAACGCCUCCUGGCCGCAAAGGAGCUGUACACGGGCAACAGAAUGGCCAAGCACUUCGACCUGCAGUACUUCGAUAGCCUCGACGACGCCGGCAAGAAGGGUUUGUUGCAUCUGUGCAACAGCGGCAUCGAGAACCCCGACUCAUCCAUGGGCUGCUACGCCAUGCAGGUAUGGGACCACACCACACCACACAGAGAGGGACGGGGGCCAUGUCUGUAUGGGUCUCAAUCCAUGUGUGUCAUUGUGUGUAGCCUGCGGAUUACGAUCGGUAUAAGCCAUUCUUCAGCAAGGUGAUUUGCGACUACCACAAGGUGGACGCGUCGGCCACUCAGACCAACGAGUGGUCGUUGGAGGGCGUUGAGGGCAUCCCUGAUGGCGGCAAGCUCGACCUGUCGCUGCUGGGGCUGCCGGAGCUGUCGAUGCGGGUGCGUGUGGGCCGCAACCUGGCCGACUUCCCUCUGCCGGGCGCCAUGACCAAGGAGGACCGGCUCAACAUGGAGACCAAGAUGUGCGAGGCGUUCGCCAAACUCAUCGGCAUGCCCGAGUACGGCGGACGGUAUAACUCCCUGACCCCAGGACACAAAGACAACAUCACGUGAGCAGCACACAGAGGGGAGGGAGGAGGGGCGAUGCUCACCUGUCUGUGUGCCAUCCAUGUGUUUAGUGACGAAGAGUACAAGCAGUUGGUUGCUGACCACAUCAUGUUCAAGGACAUGGCCAACGAUCCCUACCUGGCCAGCGCCGGCAUCGCCAGCGACUGGCCCUUCGGCCGCGGCUGCUACGUCAGCGAAGACAGAGGUUUCAUCAUCUGGGUCAGCCGGCCAAACCCAACCACACACACACAGCCACACAUGGAGAGCCUUGGAUACUUGUGCUGCCCUUGUGGUUUGUGCGUCAGGUCGGUGAGGAGGAUCACCUGCGCAUCAUGUGCAUGAAGAAGGGCACCGUCCUCAACGAAGUGUUCGACCGCCUCAAGGCCGCCCUGGACGUCGUCGAGAGCAUCGAGGGCCUCCAGUUCGCCAAGUCGCCCGACUACGGCUACGUCACCAGCUGCCCAACCAACCUCGGCACAGGAAUGAGAGCCUCAGUCCACAUACAGAUUCCGAAGCUCACUGCCGAUGGGACGGAGGCAAAGGCCAAGGACGUCUGCAAACCCCUCGGCCUGUCGGUCCGCGGCAUGGGUGGCGAGCACACUGCAAGUGAGCUGAGCUGCCCCCACACACACAUUCCUAUGCUGCAUGUCUGAUCGGUCAUGACCUGCCUUUUGUGUGUUUCAGUUGGUGCUGACGGCAUGGUCGACAUUUCGCCGUCGGGGCGUUUCCACAUCAAGGAGGCCGAGAUCAUCGUAGCGCUGUACAAGGGCAUCACACUGCUCAAGGAGAAGGAGGACGCGCUCUAGGCAGCACAAGCACC